AAAGAACCUGAUGAAAAGAAAGAGGACAAGAAGAAGGUCGCCGUGCCGGAAUUUGAAGUGACCCCAAAAGUUGAUACUGUGGAAUUGGAAUACGGAAAGAGUGGUGAGCUCAGGGUAAAAUCAUCACAUCCAGCACAGUUCCAGUGGACGAAACAUGGCCAAUCCUUACCCAGCGACUAUUCUAUCAGUGGCGAUAAGACCUCCAGUAUUGUAAAAAUCCCGCUGGCAAAUCAAGAAAGCGCUGGAGAAUAUAUCUGUACGGCCGCUGGUCCUGAAGGGAAGACCGUAACAGCAUGUAUCACGGUUAUAGUUAAAGGGAAACCUAUCGUUGAGCCAGAAACGAGCACAGUGGCCGUCAAAAUUGGCGAAAGCGCUAAACUCUACGCUGGGAUUCAAAGCGCCACGACAGUCAAAUGCGAAUGGAAGAAGGAUGGGAAACCCAUAAAGUUGGAUGUUACACAGGCUCCCUCGCCUAACGCUGACAGCUGA